GUCUUCCUUCUCCAGCACAUCCACCAGACAGUAUUAUUUACACUGACGGUUGUAUAAUCGCAUAUUUUCGUUCCAUUCUUAACUUAUUAUAUACCAGUGGUAAUCUAAAACAGAAGAAUAUGACAAAAUGCAAAUGUCAUGUUGGAGGAGAGUGAAAGUGAGAAUCCAGCCUGACACAAACACAAUAUUGCAUUGGUGCUAGUUCAAUUUAGUAUUUCUCAUUUUCUUGAGCAGCUGAACUAAAGCUGAAGCGAAUUCCCAUCCCCAUAAAAAUGUAUUCCGAUAUUUUAUAUUAUUCAAGUAAAGGACCAGCUGAUUAAAAAAACAUUGAUUUACAAAUAGUCACUUUUAAUUUUUGUGUGGUUUGAAUCGGCAUAUGUUUAAUAAUUUUUAAUUGUAAUACUCAUAAGAAAUGGAACGCGCAAAAUUUAUUCUGCUCAAUGAACAAGCACUUGCUCAACUUUCGGAAAUACAAAGACCAAUUUUUAUCUUGCAAUGGUUGCGUCAUGUGGAAACUGUCUUGUCGUCAAUAUCCCGGGUGGAGUUGAAAAACUUUCAGAAACAAUUGGUGGAACAGUUGCUCCAAGCGAUUCAAAAUGGACCUGGUUCUGCGGCAAGAAACAUCAUUGCGCGAUCAAUGGCAACAUUAUUCAUUGUUGGCGAUACAAUCCUUCUCUUUGACACAGUGAAUAAAUGCAAUGAUCUUCUUAAAACUAAAGAUGAUUCACCCUCAUCGUUGGCUAUUAAGCUAGCUGCUACUGCAUGUUUGGGGGAAAUGUACGAGAAACUGGGUCGAAUGAUGGGUCGUUCUUAUGAAGAGACAGUCCAGUUGUUGAGCAAAUCAUUUAAAAAUAUGGAAUCGCAAUCUCGCAUUGAGACAAUGUUGACGUUUGAGAAGAUUUGCCGAGGGAUGGACACUGCUGCUGCCAGCGUGCACAAAGAAGUUUACAGAAUAGCGAGAAUUUGCAUAAUAGAUCGUGUAAUGGCUGUUCGGACUGCAGCAGCAAAAUGUAUUCAAGAAAUGAUGAGCUCGGCACCAUUCUUGUACACCACAGAGUUGGAAAGUUUAACAUCAUUGUGUUUCCGGGGGCUUGAUGGAGUGGAUUAUGAUGGUCGAGUCGCAAUAGCAAGUCUCCUUGGGUGUAUUAUUUCUUGUACACAAAAUCCUCCUGCAGCUAAAGGACGAGGAUCAAUGACUUCCACAGCCACGCAGAAAGGGACAAAAGCAGUAUCUCUGCAAGAAGGCCUCGGUGUCUUGAUGACUGGCUUUCUAAGAGGAGCUACGAGUUUCUUAAAAGGCGAAAUUAUUAAGGGAGGAUCUGGAGUGAAUCGAGAGGUUCGAGUUGGAGUGACGCAUGCGUACGUGUCAUUUGUUGAGAAAAUGGGAUCAUCAUGGUUGGAAAAGAAUUUAGAUAUUUUCACGAAUCAUAUUCUCGAACUUGUAGCAAAUCCCAAGGCCGCAACGUCUCACGUUGACGCAGUUUACUCACGAAAAUGUGUUAAUUUUAUUCUACGUCGGUCAUUUGGAAGAUUAUUGGGAGAAAAGGCCCAGUUCUCAGCUCUAAAAGUUUUGGCAGCCACAGUGUUGAAGCAAAUGAAUUCUAUAGACUUUAGCCCAGAAAAUGCAAAGGAAAUCAAUCAAGAAACAAUUUUUAAUCAACAUUUGCUAGUGUGCGCAUUACAAGAAAUGGCUGCUUUAUUUAUUAACCUUGGGACUUCCAUGCACCACCUUGUUACAGAUCAGGGUUUAGGUUUAUUGGAUGGAAUCUUUGGCGUUUUAAUACACCCAUCUCAGUCUACGAGAUUAUCUGCCGCGUGGGCUCUUCGUUGUUUAUGUGUUGCCAUUCCAUCCAUGUCGUACAAGUGUAUUGAGCGCUGUCUGCAAGCUCUAGAUAACAUGAAAGCUUCGCCGGAAGCAGUCUCCGGGUAUAGUGCAGCUCUUUCAGCCAUUUUAGGAGGAGUGAGACAUAUGCCUUUGGGAAUUCCUCACGCCACUGGAAAGAUUGUAUUCAAUACUGCUGAAGAACUUUUAAGAAGUGCCAGUCAGAGCAGCCGCUUGUCAAUUCAGCGAUCAGCAGCAGGGUGGUUAAUGAUCGGUGCAAUCAUGACGUUGGGAAACAGCGUUGUCAAGUCUCUCUUACCUAGAAUGUUGCUGUUGUGGAGAAAUUCAUUUCCAAAGACUGCCAAAGAGCUAGAAUCCGAGAAAGCCCGUGGAGAUGUUUUUACUUGGCAAGUCACACUUGAAGGCAGAGCUGGAGCAUUGUCUUCCAUCCACAGCUUUCUCUUCCAUUGUCCGGAUUUAGUUAAUGAGGAAAUUACAACCAGACUUCUUGUACCUAUUGAAUCUGCUUUGGCAAUGAUGACAAACCUUUCAGCGACGUUGAAAAGCUAUGGACAACAGCUUAAGGCCUCUGCAGCCCUGUUGCGGUUUCGCUUAUAUGAAGCCCUUGCUCGAAUCAACCCAACCUCUUUUGAACGGUCGUACACUCAUAUGCUAAGAUUUGUAAUAUGGGAACUCACUUUAAACGAUAAUGUGGCCAACACAACGACAUCCUUGUUUACACGUGUGUGCCAAUCUAACGCAAUUUUUAACUCAUUGGUCAGCGAUCACAUUGCUAUCGAAGAUCAGGUUAACCAGCUUCAACCCACAGGAGCUGCUGGCUCUGGCGCAGUGGAACAUGAUCCUUGCAGUUUGUAUAGAAAUCUCCCAGAUGGCGUACUUGUUCCAGUCCCAUUACCUUUGGGAGUAUCAGUUAUUGAUGCAGCAAUAGAAUUGUUUGGACUUUUGUUUCCCUACAUCUCUACUAAGCAUAGGACUCAAUUAAUUGAACACUUUGUCGACUGUCUGAAAGUGACAAAAUAUAAUCGAAAGGAAGCUGUACUUGUGAAUAUAUUUUGUGGAGUAUUAUGUGCAAUGAAAAAUAUUCGAAAACUGACAUCAGGAGUAGAAUGCAGCCUUGGCAAGAAAGACGGGAAGGGUUGCGAUGAGCUGAAAAUUAUUUCACAGCAAUUAGUGAUGCCAUAUAUUGGACAUGCGAGCAGUACUAUAAGAUGCGCAUCGUCUGAAGUAGUGGGUCGAAUUGCUCAGGUUGUUGCAGAUUCCAGUUUUACCUUAGAACUCACACAGUAUUGUUCCGACAAGUUAAAGUCUUCAAGAGAAGUUUCUAGUCGCACCGGUCACUCUUUAACCUUAGGAUGCCUACAUAAAUAUUUGGGUGGGAUGGCCAGUUCGAGGCAUCAACAUGCUAGCGUUUCUAUCCUCCUUAAUUUAGCUCAAGAUAAUUCAUCGCCAGAAACCCAGGUUUGGGCAUUACACUCGCUAGCAUUAAUUGCUGACACUGGUGGUCCAUUGUUUAGAUCUUAUGUUGAACCUUCACUACAAUUGGUGAUGAAAUCCAUUACCACUGUACCGCUCUAUAGUGUAGAUUUAAGACAGGCAACUGGGAAAAUGAUGACCGCAUUAAUCACUGGAAUGGGACCAGAGCUACAAGUUGGUGGUGGGGCUGACACAGAUUCUAUGAAAAAGUCAUUUGAGAUUGGGUGCGCCAUAAUGACAAGAGAAGAGGAACAUCCACUUGUUCAAAACGAAGGAAUUACUUGCUUCCAACGAAUACACUUAUUUGGAGGAAAGAUUAACUAUGAUGUUGUAAUUCCUGUGUUAUAUAGGUCGAUACGGAGCAGUAAUUUAUUACUUCGUAGAUCAGCUAUUGACUGCAUGAGGCAGUUUUGUCAAAGGGAGGCAGACAUUGUUUCUAGAUAUGUUGCCAAAAUAUGUCAAGCUGAAGAAGAAUGUCCAUUUGUGGAAUGUGGCAUUAGUGGGGCGUUAUUUGCAAUGUUGGAUAUAGAAAGUGACGAGAUUCUUCGAAAAGGAGUUAAGGAUACGCUGACUAACAUUCUCAUUUCCGCCACCGCGGAUAAACAAGAGCUUCAAAUUGUAAUUGCAUUAUGCAAGAGUAUACUAACUUGUGAUAUGGCUUCGACAGAUACUGGAUUAGACGAGAUUGGAGGCGAAGAAGAUGACGAAGAAUUUAAGGUCUCUGAAGAAAACAAUAGUGUUUUAAAUCAAGGAAAUGCUUCUAAAUGGACCACUAGAGUGUUUGCGGCUGAAUGCGUUAGAAAAAUUAUGAUAACAUCACCGUAUAUUAAAAAUGAGACUGGGCCAGAACUUCUCAAGCAUUUAUCAGAUCUUAUUCGCAUGGCGUUCAUGGGUGCAACCAGCAACUCUGAUCAACUUAGGCUGGAAGGUCUUCUGAAUCUUGAGACUAUCGUAGAUAACUUUGCUCAGCUAAAAGAUCCAGAUUUCCCCUCUGCAUCAAUUCUUGAACAAUUUCAGGCGCAGGUCAGUGCCGCACUUCGACCGGCAUUUUCAGUAGAAACUGAUCCAGCAGUCAAAUCUACAGCAUGCAGAGUUUGCAGUGCUUGGAUUGUGGGUAACAGUCAAGGAGGAGAAGAUCUUCGUAGAGUGCACACUUUGAUGGUUUCCGCUCUUGAGAACAUCCGUACAAAACCGACUUUACCUGACUUUAAUGAAAGUGCCAAUACUCUAGAAAAAUUAUCAAUUCUCAAAGCAUGGGCAUUAGUAUUUAUUGCUGCCAUUGAAAAUGGAUUAUCCACUGGAGAUUCUCUAAGUGAUAUGUUAAGAGGGGAUGCCAAACUUAAGAAUCAUCUACUGAAACUUGUUCACCCAGAAGUUGAAACGUUAGCACCAUUAUGGUUAUCUGCCCUUCGUGAUCGAGCUCUUAUUGAGUUACCCCCAGAAUUUGCACCCCAACUGCCACGGGAGGGUGGAGCGUUCUUUGUAAACGAAGCUAAAGAUGUCGUUCGACCGUAUUAUAAAGCUUCGUGGCCUCCAAUACUACAUGCUUGUGCUGUUUGUGUAACGACGUUACCAGACUUAAAAUUAAAUUCAUCUCCGGGUGAAGAUCAAAGUCAAAAAUCGGAUGCGAAAAUUGAGCGCUUUUUUCUUGUUUUGGGAUUGUCUAUGGAAGCUCUCUGUAAGGCACCAUUUUCUGAAACAAUUGAAGACGUUGAGAUUUAUAUGAAGAGUAUUUGGGCAUUGUUAACGUCUCAUUGGACAAGAGAUGUCAUAUCUCGUGAUCGAGCUUUGACAAUGGAACUUUGCUACGUGCUACACCGACAGUUAGUAUCUCGAUGUGAAAUUAAGAUUCAGAUCCUGGUUGUACAAGUAUUAAAAUUAGUUAUUGAAGGGAUGAGAGAGAAUUUCAACAAGAUUGCUCAUGAAGCGGAAGAUAAAAAUGAUGCAAACGAUGAGAAUUCAGAAAACUUGGAACCUGGAAAAUCUGUCGUGAUUGCCGUUUUAGAAGUAGUAUUUUGUUUGCUUAUGCAAAAAAUUCCUACUCUAAAUUCCAAUGCUACUGGAUUUCAAGUAAAGUCAACUGGUACCAUCAAGGAAAAUGACGCAUUGUUAGAAGACACAGUAAAGUGUUUGGAAUUACUUCCGGAUAUUUGUUCAGAUAUAGCUGCUGUGGACGUUCAGCCAACCAUUCUAUAUUUAUCAACUUAUAUUCUGGGCGAGUCUGUAGCUUCUGAUGCUGCAUGCACAUCAGUGCUCCAGUUUUACCGCAAAAUAGCAACUCACAGAUUAAAUUCAAACCCGAAAUGGCAAAAGUAUCUCCUUUGUACUCUGGCAAAGUUGUUGGAUAUGGCAAAGACAGCGGGCGAGGCGGACUGCAAUUACGUACAAGUUUUAGCUGCUAUUGGAAUUCUCAUCAAAGAAUCUCCUUCCCAGCUUAUAAAAAUUCCAAAUGUACUUUACCCAUCUAUAAAUUUAUUUCAACAAGUACUGGAAAGUCCUAAAGAAAUUGUGCGACAUAAAUCUGUCAAGAUAAUCUGUGAAUUGUUUGAAGCGUCAGACAGAUGCGUUUCUACACCAUUCAUCCAUGCCCUUGCACCAAGGAUUUUAAGAUUUUUGUAUAGUGAAGAUGCUAAAAGUGUUUGCUCACACUCCCAGCUCGAAUUCAUUCUCGAAUGCAUCAGAUCCAUACAAAUUCUUGUUCAAAUUGUAGAGACUGCAGAAAAACGAUGUUUCGAACGAGGUGUGCAAAUGCUGACACUGAUAGUGCCUGUCCUCAUAAAUUUUCUUGCUGAUCCAAACAUUCAGUUGCCUCAGUCUUCAUACAAGAAAGUUCUCCAUGAAAUAUGUCUUCAAAAACUGAUGAAAAUUGGUUUGCAGUACCGUGAUGAGUUUCGAGCCUUGAUGAGUCAGUCUCUUGAAAUGAAAGGAAAAUUGGAAAACGCAAUCAAAAACUCCCGAGCUAACAAAGUGGACGAAAAUCAGAAGAACGCGAUGACACAAAAUGCACUUCCAGCCCCUGGAACUAUCAAGCUAAAGACAGACUUUAGCAACUUUAAAUAAAUAGCUGCUACAGUUGUUCUUCUAAUUUAUAAAAAAUCUACUUAAAUAAAACAUUCAUUCCUAAUUAUUAUCAACAAUUACCAAUAACAUGGAUCAAAGUAUACAUAAACCAUUCAAGAUUAUAACUAGGUAGGAUAUUGUGAUAAGGUGUUUUUAGCAGAAUACCAAAGAUUCUUUUUUCACUGUAAACUUGAAACGGUUAAUGUUGUUAGUUGUAGUAAUGUAAGACAUUAUAUUAUUAAUACAAAUAUAAUGUUUUAAAUACAUGCAAGAGUACGCGAAUCAAAGUUGCAUGCAAAA